GAGUGCUGGGAACACGCUAUCCACGGCUAUGUUUAUCAUCAUUCUUUGCUUUCAUGAGGAAUUGUAAAUGUAAAUGUAGUAUAUUUAAUUUCCAGUGGUCUGACUAUCUAUGGGGUGAUGCGUUAGAAUUUAAAUGGUGUAGCAUUACUUAAGUCUAAUGGGGCUGCUGGAUAAACUGUCGGGCUGGCUCGGCCUGAGGAAGAAAGAGGUCAACGUUUUGUGUUUGGGACUGGACAACAGCGGCAAAACUACCAUCAUCAACCAACUCAAACCAUCUAAUCAUUCGAAUCAUUUAGGCCCAUUGUCAGAGGAGUGGAAACAUGUUAGUCAGACACAGGCACAAGAAAUAGUCCCAACAAUUGGCUUCAACAUUGAAAAGUUCAAGAGUUCAAGCUUAUCUUUUACAGUCUUUGAUAUGUCUGGGCAGAGCAGAUACAGAAACCUAUGGGAGCAUUACUACAAAGAGAGCCAUGCCAUCAUAUUUGUCAUUGACAGCGGUGACAAACUGAGAAUGGUUGUUGCCAAAGAGGAGCUGGAUACCCUUCUCAAUCACGAAGAUAUCCGCAACAAAAAGAUGCCAGUAUUGUUUUUUGCUAACAAGACGGAUCUACGGGAUGCCAUGUCUUCAGUCAAGGUCUCACAGAUGUUGUGUUUGGAGAACAUCAAAGACAAACCCUGGCACAUCUGUGCCAGCAAUGCUAUUAAGGGAGAGGGCCUACAAGAAGGGCUGGACUGGCUACAAGAACAAAUUGCACAAUCAUAUCAAAACAAUGAGCACAUGAACGACUGAAAUGCCUGUGACCAUGGACACGAUGUGGGUGUGGUAACCGGAUCUCAUUUACCACCUGGAGUAUUCAUCACACUUGAUGUUGUAGGCCUUAAACGUCAAUGUUAAAUGACCUAGUACUUCCUGUGCACGCUACGACUUUGACACAAUGUCUUUGAUAAAACAAAAUCCUGCCAUUAGUACAAUUUAUGAGCGACCACUCUGUACUGGAAAUGUGCUUAAUAUCAAACCUGGAAAUGUGCUUAAUAUUGUUUCAGUAUACAGUCAUAUUUAAACAUUUUUAUGUGAAGCUGCUUUUUUAUGCCAAGAUGUAUUUAACAAAUUUCAUCAAAAUGCUGUCAGUGCUGGCUGUUGUACUGCCUGGACGAUAAUAAAAGCUUGUUAUUUGCU